GGCUGUGGCGGGGGUCAGGGUCGGCGUGGUUGUCAUGGCAGCCCCGGGCGGAGGCCCGGGAGUUGGCGCCGAGGCCGGAGCAUGGGAGCCGCGGGCCGAGGGCGGCGCGGGGCCCGAGGGCAGCUUCUCGUUCGGCGGGUUCUCCACGGUGCUGGGCGGCCUGGGCCCCGCGGUCCCGGUCCCGGCUCCGGCCUCGGCGCCGCUGCGGCUCCUGCACGAGCUGUGGCAGCGCGACCCCGGCCCCGGGGCCGGAGAUGAGCGGAGCGGCAAGUUGCGGCCCGGCCGCCUGCGGCGUGCAGCCCGGCCACACCGCCACCUGGGGCCCACGGGCAGGGAGGUGCAUGCACUGAAAAGACUUCGAGAAGCCGCUAAUGCCAACGACUUAGAAACAGUGCAGCAGCUGCUGGAAGAUGGGGUCGAUCCGUGCACAGCGGACGACAAAGGCCGCACGGCUCUGCACUUUGCAUCCUGCAACGGCAACGACCAGAUCGUGCAGCUGCUCCUGGACCACGGCGCUGACGCCAACCAGCGAGACGGGCUGGGGAACACACCUCUGCACCUGGCUGCCUGCACCAACCACGUUCCUGUCAUCACCACGCUGCUGCGAGGAGGGGCCCGGGUGGAUGCCCUGGACCGGGCUGGCAGGACCCCCUUGCACCUGGCCAAGUCAAAGCUGAAUAUUCUCCAGGAGGGUCACUCCCACUGCUUGGAAGCUGUCCGGCUAGAGGUGAAGCAGAUCAUCCAGAUGCUCAGGGAAUACUUGGAACGGCUGGGCCGGCACGAACAGCGCGACCGGCUGGAUGACCUUUGCAGCCGCCUCCAGAUGACGAGCACCAAAGAGCAGGUGGACGAGGUGACAGACCUCCUGGCCAGCUUCACGUCGCUCAGCCUGCAGAUGCAGAAGCUGGAGAAGAGGUAGCCACAGAGGGGGCCCUCUCGUCCCCUCCACUGCCUUUGCCCAGCUCCCAUCAUCCCCAUCUCAGGAAGCAGGGACGCGCCAGCCUGUCCUGCUGCUCUACCCUGCUUGGUGAGGACUGUUGUGGCCCCUCGGCCCCGGGAACCCCGGCCGAGCCGAUGCUGUUGGCCCCGCUCUGGGCAGUAGCCAGCUGGCGUGCUGCCCUCCCCUGGCAGUGGGAGCUCAGCAUAGGGGUUUCCAGACCCCUUCUCCUCAUUAUGUCCUUGGCUUGUCUCCUCUCCUGGACACAAGUGGGAGCAGAGGGGCCUGACCCCCUCACCCCGUCCUCUCUCAUGAGCUUUUCGCCAGCUUGGCACUCUUGGCACCAGCGCUUAAAUCUCAGACUCGGCACCUCGGUCCAGUCGUAGUAAACUGAGUGAGGGUUCCUUAGAGACGGGCGGUUUGAAGUCUUCCCAAGGUGGACGGCUUUGAGGAGGGCACCCAAGAUGUAUGUGAAGCCUUGUCCCUGGAAGGGUUGGUUCUGGGCAGGGGCACGGCUGGACGGGAGCCUCCGGGAGUGGCCCUUCCCCAUCCCGGUGACUGGGCUGCCCUGCCACGGUAUCCGUCACUGCCUCUCACCUCCUUAUCAUGCUCUUGACUGUUACUGAUGCCGUGGCUUUUUAUGCCCCCCCUUCCUUUUUUGACCCAGAUCACCAGGUUGGGCUUUCUUUGGCUGGGCGCUGGUGGGGGUGGGGCCCAGUAGGGCCCCAAGAGGCCCCUGGCGGGAUCGCAGACUGGAGGGCCUGACUGGUGAGCAGCAGGCAGCAGGGAAUGGGUCGAGGAGAUGGAGGGAGCUUGCUCUCUGGGUGCCCGAGGCUUGGCCCGCAGCUCCUAGGGUACCAGGGGGGCAGGGGCUCAUGGACUGCCAGUGCCCUUCUCUUCCGGCCCCUGAGAUGGAGCCAGAGGCCACCCUGCUUCGGUGUACAUGGCACUCCUCCCCUCACACCAGCCCAGGCGUGAGCCAUUCCCAUCGUAUGCAACGAAAUAGUCUGAGGGAGGGGAAGUGACCUGGCCAAAGUCACACAGCCCUUGAGUCCAGAGCCCUUUGCCGUCGCAUGCUGGGUGUGAUGUGCCAGGCAAGACACCCACACCCUGGCCAGCGGGUCCGCUCAGGAGAGGCCUCAGCCAGCCAUCCAGUCCCAGGCCUUCCUCCUGGUGAAUACUUGUCCUCAGACCGGCCUUCUUCAGUCUCCCCACCCUGAGCUCCGUCUCCAGCCCUCCGCGGCAGGUGCGCGGCAGCCCGUGGGGAUGCGGACCUCCCUCAGAGGCAGCCAGAAGCCUCACACUGGCUCCUAAUGACCUGCUGGCUCAGACACCACGGGAGAGCCAAGGAGGGUGAGGGAGACAGGCCUGGGGAAGAUGGGGAGAGCCAAGAAGGACGCCUUCUCUAACCCCUCCUUGUAACAUGUAUGAGUUGAUCCAGAAAAUAAAUACCUGUGUGUCAGGAGAGUGGAAUUUCUGAUGACCGCCCCUCCUUGCCCUGAGGGUGGCUGCCUGCCCUGCUGACCUCACCCCCACCUUUGACAGGGAAAGGAGCCCACCUCAGGGCUGAAAGGAAUCUUCCAGAAGAGGGCCCCCCCCCCCGCCCCGGAAGCAGUCACUAACCUUAGGAAGGAGGGAAAAAGGAAAUAUUUGCUGAGCUCCUGCCAGCAGAGCAGUGGGGAGACGGAGAAAAACCAGGCGGUCCCUGCCCUCAGGGAGCUUACCUACGGGGGAGAGGACCCAGAGGGGAGGGUGCAGGCCCAAAGCAGAUGGUCAGCCCUUGUCUUUGAUGUCAUUGCUAAUGACCAAAUCAUAGCAUUUUCUGCUGUGGUACUGUUGGCCAGAGCCAAGGACUUUGGUGAUGAGAAUUCUCCUUUCUGGGUCCUCCGGAGCUGUGGCUGCAGCCCCUGCAGGAAGGAGGCAUCCCCAGGGUGGCUUCCCAGGAUGCUGGAGGACAGCACUGGGCUGGUAGCACGGCUGUUCCCAAGGCUCUUGGCUCAGGCCCCCUGGGCUGUCUGCAUCAGGGUCUGGGGGGGGAGGGCGACCGUCGAAGUGGGGUGUAGCCUGACCCCUGGGGAGUACCAAGGCCUCUGGGGGCUUCUGCACUAGAACAGACUUUAGAGAGCGACUCUGGCCUCUUCGUUUUUUAGGGAGGAUACGAGGAAGGCCGAGACUAGUUGGUGGCUGGCUCUGACCCUUAGCGCCAGAGCCAGGUCUUAUGCCAGUCUCCCGGCUCCCUGGGCAAGGCGCUUCCUCCUCAGGCCACACUGCCGUCUCCAGGGUGGACAAGUUAUGUACACGAGCCAGUGAUGCAAACGUCUCAUAUGCUGCCACAUCACUAGGCCAUGUGAUUUGGACUCCCACUGACCCGGUACUGGAGUUUACAGCCUCCGGGAAGCCUUCCCUGCCU